AUGCCGACCUCGCCUGACCCGACACCGAAUACGAAACAAGACCCAGCCGAGCUGGAACGUCGACUCUGCGCACUGGAGCAGAUGGCCCGGUCGUUUGCUCCGGCGUGGGCCCUCGAGAAACUAGACGAGGCAUCAUCGAGCCACUCGGCGCCCGCCUGCAACGGAGAUUCCUUCUCCUUCCGGAAGUCGAGCUUGUACGGGAAGACUCACUGGUCAGAUGGAAGCCACAUUUUUAGAAACAUAUCCGCGUUCCUCAACGCGGAGUCGGAUUGUGCUGCAGAGAAUGAAAUCACCAGGCGCUUGAAGUUAGACAUGCGGGCUACUGUACUAAAGUAUAAAACACUCGCUAAGAGUUUGAAGUCGUCCCAACCCGGUAGAUACUUGCCCAGUCCCGACAUGAGCCUGCCCUCCAAGGCUGUCGCGGACCAGAUGGCGCAGCUCUACGUUUCGCGGUUUGAGUCGGUCUUUAGGAUUGUCCACGUACCCUCCUUCUGGGACGAGUAUGGGCAGUAUUGGAGCAAUCCGCUAGACACGCCGGAUGCUAUCAGGAUCAAAGUACAACUAGUUGUAGCUAUUGGAUCCAGCCUGUGUCCUGAGGCACAUAGUACGCAGGGUCUCCGUUCAGCAGCGGCUCAGACAGUACAUGACGCGCAGAGAUGGAUAUCCGGGCCGUUGGAGAAGAACAGGAUUAGUAUCAGCGGGUUGCAGAUCCAGUGCUUGUUGAUUCUUGCCCGACAAGUUCUCAACGUAGGGGGAGAUCUAGUCUGGGUGACGAUGGGCACAGUUGUCCGAACAGCGAUGCAUAUGGGUCUUCAUCGGGAUCCUCGGCAUUUCAAGAAGAUAACGAUAUUGCAUAGUGAAAUUCGGAGAAGAUUGUGGGCCACGAUCCUGGAGAUGAAUGUACAGGCAGCUCUGGAUGCAGGCUCUCUGCCUGCAAUUUCCUUUGAUGAUUUUGAUACAGAACCACCAUCGAAUUGCAACGACGAAGACCUGCACGACGAGAUAUACGAAUUGGAACAGCGCCCAGAUGACACAGUGACAGAUGCAUCACUACAGCGCCAUAUUCUCACUGUUCUGAGGCCACGAGUCGAGAUAGUUCGCUGCAUGAACAGCGCGCGCAAGGAAGUAGACUAUGAAGAGGUCAUGAGGUUAAAUUCCGUAAUCAUGGACGCUUGUCGUCGUUGCUUCACCCUUACAAAAAGGGCCGUCUCUGACGGCGGGGAAGUGUUUAGGCGGAAUAUGGGAGAUCUUCUCCUCCGUCGCUUUCUAAUUCCUCUGCAUCGUCCCUGGGUAGACCGGGCUCGUAAAACCACCUUGUUCUUCUCUUCGAGAAAGCAGAGCCUCGAUGUGGCAAUGGCCCUGCUUUCACCACCUCGAGAUGAAGGGUUUUCCCAUCUUUGCAUGCUGGGUGGAGGGAUAUUUAAGCAUCGCCUAAUCCAUGUCACGCUGACACUGUUGAUGGAACUACUGGUAGAGAUAGACGAGCAUGACGGGAGUCAGCCUCCAGAAGAACCUUGUAGCUACAGGAAAAUGCUAAUGACGGGGGUUGAGGAGACGCGUCGGCAGUGGGAGCAAAGGGUUCAACUUUGCGACACAAGUAUGAAGUUACAUAUGAAGAUAUGCAUGAUAUUAGGGCAGGCGGAAGGGGCAGAAACGGGAAUCGCACUGCAGCAGAGCAUGGCACAGCACGGGAAAGCAAGCCUAGAGUCAUCCUACUCACUGCUCGAAGGCUCCUCCGGCUUACAGGCACUAGAUGCUGGACCGAACGGUAACUCCGGCGACUUUCUACACCCUGGAGACAACCUGGAAUUUCUUGACUUCGAUGACAUUUGGCGAUUUGAUGACCUCAUGGCACAUGGGACGGUUGGCCAUUCUUUUUGGUAG